AUGGCUGCGGCGCUCUGUCGUCGAUUCUCGUUCCUUGAUCAUGUGUUCUCGGCUGUACUCCUUCUGUUCGAUGGGGGAUGCGGUGAUGCGGGCCCGAUCCUUGGUGUAGAGCGCCAGGAGGCGCACGCCAACGAGUGCGAUCAUCGUCUUUCGGUCGAGGAAGCUGCUGCCCCGGACGAGUGCGCUCCCGUUUCGGCCGACGUGGCGACCCAAGCGGACAUCGGAAGCCCUCCAGCGAAGAAAACGCGGUUUGGAGUGGAUCGUAGAAUCACUCGAGAAGAGCUCGAACAUAUGAUCGCAGAGAUCGAGAGCAGGCCCGAUAAGAAGUGGCACCGAAGAACGAUGAGGUUACCCGACCGUGCGAGGCGAGUCGGCAAUGCAAGUCACGAUUGCGUCGUGGGGCAAAACUAUCCAGACCGACCGGGGGUCGCUCGGAUGGCGACGAACACCAGUCACAUCCGGACCAAGACGGUGGAGCUGACACUGGAGGUAGCGGAACUGCGGCGAGCCUUGGGGAGGGAGAAAAAGGCGCACCAGGACGUGUUGAUGAUGCUUAAACAGCUACGCGAAGAGCAGGUCACCCUUAACAAGCAACUUGCGGCGGUCCUCGCAAGUGCGACUUCGGAACCGAAGGUGACGAUCGGCGGCGCAGGACAGCCGGAGAAGGUUAUCACCUGCACCUUGUGCUACGAGGACCACAAGGAGGAACUUUGCCAGAGAUUCCCGACGGCGACGGACCGGCCGCUCAAGGCCAUCGAGGCAGAACUGUGUCUUAAGUGUACCAGGCACCCGGCUCGAGUCAAGUUCCGCCAUCAGAAGUUGAGAUGCCCGAAGUGUGGCUCGGAAGCCCACUUGCCGGUUUUCUGUGCAAAGUUCCAGGUCACGGCGGAACCCGACAUGGCAGCGAGGUGCCCUGAUCAACCGCCACGCAGUCGUGAGAAGACAUGGCAGCGCGGAAAUUCAGCCCGUGUCCGACCAGGUCCGAUCGUUAAGGCAUGGGAAGGGGGACCACCCAUUCCGACCUCGGAUUUCCGAGGAUCUCAGUAUUUGUAA